AGCAUUUGGACCGAGAGGAAAAAAACCUGGCUGCAGAUACGAUGCAGAGCAAAUAUUUGCAGAUCAGGAGGCGACUGUGACCAUACAAUAUCGCUAGAUUUGAAUUUAUCACAGCCAGAGUCAAGUCCAGCUGAGGGUGGACAUUUCUAACCAAACAGAAACUGAAGAGUAGAAUGGAGUCUCCAGUGGUGUUUCUCCUAAUCCUGGCAACAAAAACUUUUGCAACAGAUCAUGUGAGCAACCAGAGUAUAUAUGCCUCUGAGAACGUCUUACCUGUGGGAAGCAAUGUCACACUAUACAGCAGGGCCAAUGUAACCAUUGGGGCAUGGCUGUUCGACAACAACAUUAUUGUGUUGAUAGUUCCAGGAGAUAAUAUCAUAACUAACACUUGGCGUGAAAGGGUUACAUUCAAUUCAACCACUUCAUCGUUGACUAUAAGGUCACUACAGCUGAGAGACUCUGGAGUGUACACAUUACAGGCAGUGAAUUCUUUUCGUGCUCAGUUAACACUGUCAGUCCAAGUGCCCAUUUCAAACGUGACCCUGAAGGCAAAAGCAACCAAACUGGUGGAGUUCAAUGACACAGCAGUUCUCAUGUGCUCUGUGUCCAGCGGCUCGUCCCUGUCUUAUGUGUGGCUGAAGGGGAACAAUGUGGUCGCAGUCAAUGGGGAAGUACAGCUCAGCAAUGGAAACGCCACCCUCACCAUAGUCAACAUUACCCGCUACGACGAGGGUCCAUUCAAGUGCAAUGUGUCCAAUGGUGUCAGCUAUGAAAUCAGUCCCCCUCUCUAUCUGAACAUCAGCUAUGGUCCAAGUAACAAAACGAUGAUGAUCAUGCCCAAGGUAUCGAAGAACAUCUACAGAACAGGAUCUAAUAUCACACUGUCAUGCUCAGCGAGGUCCAACCCUCCAGCAACAAUCGAGUGGAUGGUUGAUGGGGUGUACCUGAAUAAAUAUGGCCCACAGAUUCAGCUUAACAACGUUACAGAGAGCAACUCAGGAAAUUACAAAUGUGUGUUUCACAACACAGUCACAUCCAGGUUCAGCAGCGCAAGUACAAUGCUCUGGAUUUUAGAUCCACUAGUAGCAGUUGAGGUGUAUCAUACCGGUGGACCAGCAAUACUUGAUGAACCGUUCACUCUGCAUUGUGAAGUGAAUAGAUCUUUUGACAGAAUUCAGUGGUGGAGGAAUAGGCAGCUUAUCUCCCCUAACGAUACAAUAGUCUUCAACAUGGACAACGAGACACUGAUUCUCAACCCAGUCCGACAUUCAGAUAAUGGAUAUUAUAAGUGUCAGGCUUUUAAUUCAGUGAGCAACAUGACCAGCAGUCCCUACAAAGUCGAAGUAAAAUAUGGACCAGAGACACCAACUAUCGUGGGACCAACUGUGGCGAAGACAGGAUACAACAUCACAUUCCACUGCUACGCAUCAUCAAACCCUCCCAGCCUCUACACAUGGUACUUCCAUGAUUAUCCAGUGGCCAAUACAUCUGAGUAUGUAACACCUCCUCUUACCAAAGAUAUGAGUGGGAUGUACACUUGCCAAGCGUACAACAACAUCACCGGCCAAAGCAAGACUGCAUACAAAAAUCUUACUGCUGUUGACCCAAUAGAAGAUGUCCAUGUAGAAACACCAAUGAAUCCUCCGAAAGAAGGUUAUCCAUAUAAGCUAAUUUGCAAUGUGACUGGACCUGCUGAGUAUAUUUACUGGAUGAAGAAUGGUAUGGAACUGCACAACGACAACAGAACAGUUCUCCACAUGGAUAACAAGUCAGUCACCUUCAACCCACUAAUACGCAAUGAUACGGGAUACUACAAGUGUAUGGCUAUGAAUGCUGUUGGAAACAUGACCAGCCCUUCUUACAAGCUACUUGUGAACUUUGGACCAGACACACCUGUCAUUUAUGGGCCAAAGUUUGCUGUGACAGGAGGAUUUGCGACCUUCAACUGUUCUGCCAUGUCUGUGCCCCCCAGUCAGUUCAGCUGGUGGUUCAAUGGCACCAAGGUGGCCAGUUCUUCAGUGUUUACAACUGGUCUAUUGUCUUUAAACAUGAGCGGAGAAUACACCUGCAUGGCAUACAAUAAUGUGACAGUAAAGAACAGCACAAUUUCCAAGAUGUUCACAGUUAUUGAGGCCAUAGAGUCAGUGAUGAUCAAGAACAGCACAGUUCCAAUAAACGCUGAAAACUUCACUCUCACCUGUGAAGUUACUGGGCCCUAUGACAUGAUCUACUGGAUGAGGAACAACAUGCGCCUCAGCAUGAACACCUCUGACACUGAACCACACUCAUACUACCACAUUGAAAACAACAUGCUGCACUUCACUCCAGUGGCAAUUUACAAUGACGGGACAUAUCAGUGUGUCGCUACCAAUCAGGCUGGUCAACAUGAAAGCCCCCAAUAUAUGCUCCUGGUGAAGUAUGGCCCUCUGAGUGUUACUAUCACUGGUCCAUAUUCAGUAAGACUAGGCUACAACGUGUCCCUGAAAUGCUCUGCUGAUUCUCAACCAGACUGUGAGUUCUUGUGGUUCUUCAACAAUACGUCAUCCACGGUUAUAGAGACCGGCCCUGUUCUGACUUUCUCUGCAAUAAAAGAGCACGAGGGGAACUACAUAUGCAAGGCGAGGAACCCUGUGACCAACAUCACAAUGUACAAGACUAAAGCCUAUACUGUCACCGGUCACGCCUCUGCUAUCCACUUCCCAUCCCGGGGCGGUCUGUUGUUGGUGGGUCUGUUUGCUUUGUUCAUCCCUGUGCUGUUCAACUGAGUCCUCAACACUAAGAAAUCCAGUCAGAGUGAGAGGCAUCUUGCCCCCUCUACAGCUCUACAGUCUUUUUAACAAUCCUACUGUAAAAUGAAUGGGAAGGUAUUCAAUGUUAUUAAUGUAAUAUUCACACUGACAUUGAAAGGGCAAAUUGUCUUAUUAUUGUAAUGCCUACUUUGUUUUUUUUAUGUUAAAUGUUAUCAUUAAUAUAGCAAUUAAAAGUAAUUGGGUUAGUGUUAUAGCUCCAUUCUCUUUUGGUACAAAUUGCAAUCCUUCACACCUGUAGACCUUUCUCUUAUGCAUGAUAAUAUUAAAAUUGUAAGCAGAUGUAUGUUUUAUCAUACUUUGAUUCACUGUAUUUAUUUAUUAA